GCAGAGAAAGGACCACCACCUACUUCUAUUCCCUGAUCAGGAAACAGAUUCUUUAAAUCAAAUAUAUAAAUAUACGCAAAAAUAACACAACACGCGCACGCAAAAAUAACCCUACAAACAAACCCCUCUCUCCUUCCUCUCCUUGGAGCGUCCAUCCUCCUUUUGAGCUCUGCGCCACUAACGCCGUCAACCGCCGUUUCGCCGUGAAUGGCGAACGGUUGGGUCCGCUCCCUCCACUGCAAAUCUAACGCCGAACACGACGUCGUCGACCCCGCGUCGACCCCUUCGAAGAAGCAGCCCCUCCUCCCUUCGCUAUCGUGCGCCGCCUCCUCCCUCGCCAUAAAAGACGUCGUCCUCUUCUUCCCAAAAUACCCCUCCUCCAAGCCCCAAUCCGAGCCCAAGCCCAAGCCCAAGCCCAAGCCGACGCCGACGCCGACGCCGAGCCCGAGCUCGCCAAUGGCGGCGGGGGCGGGGGCGAUGGUGGAGCUCCCGGUGGGGCACUCGUCGCGGCGCGUGGUGGAGAUCAUAUUCGGGUCGACGUGGUCGACCGCCGCGGACCGGGCCGGGUUCUUGUUCCCGGGCGAGAUCGAGGCGGUGCUCCGGGUGCACAACCCGGCCCGGGCCGUGGCGCGGUUCGAGGAGUACCGGUCGGCGGUGCGGGCCAGCGCGGCCCGGUCCGGGGAGCCGCGGUGCGCGGCGGAUGGGAACGAGAUGAUGCGGUUCCACUGCGCCCCCUCGUGCGGCGGCGCUCCGGCGUACGGCGCCGCCGUGGCGGUGGCGGCGGCGGCGGGGAAGGGGAAGGGGAAGGGGAAGGGGAUACGGACGUUCGUAGGGAGCGGGGCGGCGCACGAUAGCGCGGGGGGAGGCCGGGGUCGGAGGGCGAUGGUGGUGAGCCGGGUCGUAGCGGGGCGGGUCCGGUCCGAGUCCGAGCCCGAGUCGGAGGGCGAGUCGGUGCGCGUCGGGAAAUGUGGCUUGGUCGUGUUCGACCCUCCCGCUAUUCUCCCUUGCUUCCUCAUCAUCUAUAAGAUCUAGUGUACAACCCUUCUAAUUCUGCACGUUAAAUUGAAAUUUAUUUUCUCUC